UGCCAUAUUUAUUCACUUCCAUUUUUGCGGGGAUGGUAUUUGUCGGGUGAUAGUCUAAUCAAAAGCAUCACUUAUUCACUCCAUGACACGUGCCAGUACCAGUAAAAAAGCAAAUAUAACUCCAGUCAAAGCAAUUAAAGAUUAAUAAACAUGCCAUAUUCACUGCUAUCAAAACAGUCAAAUCAGAUGCUACAAAAGCGUCGGCUGACGUUGAAAUGGUCUCAUAAUGUCAGGAUAGAUAUAAAAAGCACUAUAGGCGAGAGUCAUGAAUCGACAGGCGGGACUCGAAAGAUUGUAAAGACUGUUUUAUUGUGCCAGCUGGGAUAAGUUAGAUCAAUUGACAUCAAGAUAAUAACACCAAUGGUUUGAAACUCCUAUAGUGCAAUGCAAAGGUAAACAAAAAUAUCUUAUACUUAUAAUAUUAUGAGCUCUCAAACACCAUAUGAGCGUUGAUCCAGAAGAAUAACAAUCGGCAAAGAACUAUCACAGCCAUCGCCAAAUAUCUGAAUGAAGACUGAUAGGUAGAAAGUUCUGAGUCCUUGAAAGAAUAGAAUAAUAAGGGCCGCUCGCGAUGGCUGACUGCGUGAAAGCUAUCACUUGUCCAAGGUCCAAUGACAAAACCGUGAAACACCUUGUUAUCGUCAACAGAAUGGGCACCUCUUACACACUUAUCCAAAAUGCGCACAGAAUACUAAAAGCCCCCUACCGGGUAUUGCGACUAGCCCGGGGCCGGGCUCGGAUGAUAAUUGUAGCGGGCUUGAGCCUUGCUGUCUUGGUGUGUUAUGCCGUAGUGCAUUGUGGGCUGCUAUGCCAGCAGGUGGGCUUGUUGUCUGAUACCUUAGAAAACGAGAUCAUAGCCACGCUUAUACCGGGCGAAACGUCUAAUUUCAUGAUAAUGAAGCCUGCCUGGGAACCAGAAGUAAAGCCGGACAUAUUCACACUCGUGUUGAUCAUCAGUGCGCCGGGGAAUAAAAGGCAAAGAAAUGCUAUUAGGAGAACAUGGGGCCGUGCGGAAAACUGGGAUUGCCUUCGAUUGUACACAAACCACGAGGAGUACAGCUACCAGAGCGUAUUUAUGGUCGGCUCCACUACUGACGCAGUUGACAACUUCGUGAUGGACGAAGCGGAGACGUACAAUGACCUCCUGCUCGGGAAUUUCAAUGAUACCUACUCCAACUUGCUUUUCAAGAGUCUAAUGGGGCUUUCAUGGGCGUCGAAUGUGGUGAACUGCAGCUAUGUAAUCAAGACGGAUGACGACGUUUACCUUAACAUGCCUAAAAUACUACAGUGGCUUCAGACGAAGAACAAGACAGCGAGGCUUUACGCGGGUAAGGUUGCUUCUGGCUGGUCACCAAUACGAGACCCGAGCAACAAGAACUUUAUUCCUUACACUGACUACGCUAAGAAGACUCUGCCUGAUUUCUGCCCUGGGACGUUCUACGUGUUAUCUAGGAAUAUCCUUCAUUUCUUAUUAGGCGUGGCCAGGUUCAUUAAGCCUCUUCAGACUGAGGAUGUCUAUAUUGGGAUGCUUGUCCAAGCCAUUGGACUCGACCCUGUCAAGGUGCCCCUAGUAAAGAAUUACGUGGACGCAAACGAGAAAGCUCUUGAUGUCAGCUUGUGUAGACUCCACACGUACUCAGCGAUUACCCACAAUCUCACGCCGGCUACGAUCAGGAAGGUGCAUUUCCGGAUGAUGGUGUCGUAUGCAAUGAGCAGAAGCAAGAGCCAGAGGCUAUGUAGACGACACAGAUAAGCGCAAUGGUUAUGUUGACAACACAGAUAAGCGCAAUGGUUAUGUUGACGACAUAGAUAGGCGCAAUGGUUAUUAGACGACACAGAUAAGCGCAAUGGUUAUGUUGACGACACAGAUAAGCGCAAUGGUUAUGUAGACAACACAGAUAUGCGCAAUGGUUAUGUUGACGACAUAGAUAGGCGCAAUGGUUAUUAGACGACACAGAUAAGCGCAAUGGUUAUGUUGACAACACAGAUAAGCGCAAUGGUUAUGUUGACGACAUAGAUAGGCGCAAUGGUUAUUAGACGACACAGAUAAGCGCAAUGGUUAUGUUGACGACACAGAUAAGCGCAAUGGCUAUGUAGACGACAUAGAUAGGCGCAAUGGUUAUGUUGACGACAUAGAUAGGCGCAAUGGUUAUGUAGACAACAUAGAUAAGCGCAAUGGUUAUGUUGACGACACAGAAAUGCUCAAUAGCUAUGCAGACGGUAUAGAUGGAAGCAAUGCGAUGGCUGUGCUCGAGGCAAAGAAAGGUGCAACGGUUAUGUUUACGACAUGUGAUUUGGCGCAAUGGUUAUGCUGAUGACACGUGAUUUGGCGCAAUAGUUAUGCUGAUGACGUGAUUUGGCGCAAUGUUUAUGCUGAUGACACGUGAUUGGCGCAAUAGUUAUGCUGAUGACACGUGAUUUGGCGCAAUAGUUAUGCUGAUGACACGUGAUUUGGCGCAAUAGUUAUGCU